AUGAGCCAGGUGCCAAAGGGCUUGAAAGAGCACGCCGCCCGACAUAGUCCUGUGGAUGGCGAAGCGGAGGAGGCGGACUUGGGACCAUCAAUGCCGGCGAAAUCGGUUGGGCCCCCGACUUUAGCUGCGCCACCUGUCAAUUGGGAGAAGUCGGAGCUGCUGCAGGAUGAAGCUGCAGCAUCUGGUGCCGUGGCUCCGGCCAUUUCCUUAGAGGUCAAAGGUGCCUCCUCGUCUGCUGGGCUUGUGCUUGCUGUCCUGGCCUUGGACAUCCUUGCCUUUGUGUGCGCUUUGGUUGUAGUCGCUGCCUUGGGUGAUGCUGCGAGUCCUGGCCCCCUUUUCUCCCAGGCCAUGGAUUCUCCUGCGGGUGAGGAGCAGAGCGAGGCAACGGGUUUUCGCGGGAUGCAUUCGGACUCUGAGAGCAGUGCUGUGCGGGAUCAGUUUGCGAUUGAAGUGCUGUGCUAUAGAUCAGUUGAUUGGCAUUGA